AGAAGUGCAAGGCACAGAGCGAGUUGCAAAACAUCCAAUGAGUAGCGAAGCCUCAUCACUGCAGAUGGACCAGACGCAGGCAGCCAGCAUGCCAAUAGCUGGACCCAGCCUGGCCCCGCCCGUCACACUGGCGGCGCCCUUGACGAAUACAGACUUCUACAUAGGAGUGGGCCUGGCUAUUUCGUCCUGCUUCUUCAUCGGCUCCAGCUUCAUUAUCAAGAAGAAAGCCCUCAUUCGACUGAGUAGGUAUGGAGAAGUGCGGGCGUCGGCUGGCGGAUUUGGAUACCUACGCGAGUGGAUCUGGUGGGCGGGGCUGCUGACAAUGGGCCUGGGUGAGGCGGCUAACUUUGCCGCCUACGCCUUUGCGCCCGCUUCCCUGGUGACCCCCCUGGGGGCACUGAGUGUGAUUAUUUCGUCGGUGAUGGCCUCCAGGUUUCUCAACGAGAAACUGAAUCUGCUGGGGAAAAUUGGCUGCUUUCUAUGCAUACUCGGGUCUACCAUCAUAGUGAUACACUCGCCCAAGGAGAAGGAGGUGGAGGACCUGCAACUGCUCUUCGACAUGCUGCAGGAUCCAGUGUUCAUUUUGUAUGUGAUCUGCAUCAUUGGCUCCACUGCCUUUGUGGCCUGCUUUAUCGCCCCACGACAUGGCCAUACGAACGUUGUGGUUUACAUAUUUUUGUGCUCGGGCAUUGGCUCGUUGACCGUCAUGUCCUGCAAGGCUCUCGGUCUGGCCAUUCGACAGACCCUGGACAACGGUGGCAAUGUCUUUCUCACCUGGAUGCCGUGGUUCCUGAUUGUCAUCACCGUCACCUUCAUUGCCAUUCAGAUGAACUAUCUGAACAAGGCGCUGGACAUUUUCAAUACCAGCAUCGUGACGCCCGUCUAUUAUGUGAUGUUCACGACUCUAGUGAUAACCGCCUCGGCAAUACUUUUCAAGGAGUUUACCCACAUGCGGUUCGACGACAUCCUCGGAGAUGUGUGCGGCUUUCUUAUAGUCAUUACCGCCGUAUUCCUGCUGAACGCCUUCAGGGAUAUCGAUAUAACGUUUAACGAUGUGCGGGGCUUGAUGCGACCCAAGAUGCAGAGAGUUUCCCAGUACGACGACGAGGUUUUGGUAACCACCAACAUUAAGGAGCGACGCCUCUCAUACGGAUCCGGUGAUGUCUUCCGCAAGGCAUGACAUAAGCAACGUUAUCAGGUUUAGUUUUAUCCCACGCAGCGGACAACCUGAAGAAAAUGCAAAGUUUUAGACGAAGCUUUGACCAAAAAAAAAUUACGCAUAUCACUUGCCCAUCAUCACACCACACACACAUCCCACAUACAUAUAUUGUUCCUUUGUCCUUGUUAUCCCCACAAUCCAAACGAUAGAGUAAGAACUAGUUUAGGCAUAUCACUUAAUUAAAACGAUUUAAUCUCCCAAA